UCUGCUGUAGAGAAGAAACGUACACACAGCGGACAACGAUAUUAAAUCGCGGUUAGCGAUGAAACUGACGCUAAUUUCGUUCGCGGCUCCAACCUGCUGGUAACUAGCAGCCGUCGGCUCCUUCAGUGGUUCGGGCUGAACUGUGAAAGUAAUGGUGCUGUAACUCACAGGAGACCUUAGAAAGACAGUUUUAAUCCGUAACGCUCUCUGGACUGCUGUCGUUUUUUUCCGGUGAGCACCAGCUUUGUUGAUGUAAGCGCCGACGAACCAGUGAAAUUAGCGCCUCAAAGCCGAACCGCGCGAUGUUGAAAGCAGCUAACCGAUGGCGAGCUAGCUAACACCGCGUCCAAUGCAGCCGUCCUACAGGAGCUUAACCGGGUCUGUUUCAGGUGUUUAUGAAAGCUGUUACAAAGGGGGACAAGCGAGAGGAAAUGGCUGGCGACGCUGGCAGCAUCCCCGAACUGGACCAAAAGAAAUACGAUGCAGACGAACAAGUGAAGAUCAUCUGCUUAGGAGACAGCGCAGUUGGCAAAUCUAAGCUGAUGGAGAGGUUCCUCAUGGACGAGUAUCGUCCCCAACAGCUAUCAACAUAUGCUCUGACUCUCUACAAGCACACGGCCACAGUCGGGAACAAGACGGUCGUGGUCGAUUUCUGGGACACUGCUGGUCAGGAGAGGUUUCAGAACAUGCAUCCUUCGUACUACCACAAAGCUCAUGCAUGCAUCAUGGUUUUUGAUGUUCAAAGGAAGAUCACGUAUAAGAAUUUAGCCAACUGGUAUAAGGAGCUGAGGGAGUACAGGCCGGAGAUCCCCUGUUGUGUUGUUGCCAACAAAAUUGAUGCCGACCUAAAGGUGACACAGAGAAGCUUUAACUUUGGGAAGAAGCAGGGGCUCCCGUUUUACUUCGUAUCAGCGGCCGACGGGACGAACGUAGUUAAGAUGUUCAGAGAGAUGAUCAAGAGGGCGGUGGACUACAAACAAAACCCCAGCGACUUCAUGGACGAAGUGAUGCAAGAAUUAGAGAACUUUGACCUGGAAAAGAAAGAAGAUAAUUCAGAAGCAGACGAGGACGGACUGAAAGCAGAGAGUCCAGAGUUGGAUUGAAAGAUUUCAGAGCGUCCAUCCUUCACGUCCUGCUUCAGAGACUCUCCGGCGACAUCAACACUUGUUCUUUUUAUGUCAUUUUUGUCGGUCUGCCUUUUAAACGAUCAGAUUGCAUCUCUACUACUGGAGGACGGCACACGGUCAGGUUUUAAACGACUGCCCUCCAUCUGUCCGGCGACACCAGCGGGGAAAUAAACCCGGCGGGAUAAUUAGGAUUUGUGUUGUUUACCAGGUUUAUUUAGCUGCUGUUUUGUCAUUCAUACCCUGAACAACAUCUACUAUUAUAAUAGUAGAAAAUGAAUGUUUAAGUGUGAAAAGGGAGGAAAACAACAACCAUGUAAUAACAAUGUGAAGCGAUGAACUGACACACAGCAGAGAGAACGUGUGAUUAUAAACCGUGUUUGCUGCUGUUCUCGAUGUUUGUGUGUAGCGUUGUGUGCAGCGCCGGCGGGGAGCUGCAUCUGUCGGCUGCUUUGGUCGCAUUCAUUUCACGAUGUAAAUUCUGUUUUGUUUUUUUUUAGCACCCUAUAAAUGAAAAGUUAAUGUACCAUGGAA